AUGCAGAUCUUCGUCAAGACUCUCACCGGAAAGACCAUCACUCUCGAGGUUGAAUCCUCCGACACCAUCGACAAUGUCAAGAGCAAGAUCCAGGACAAGGAGGGCAUCCCGCCAGACCAGCAGCGCUUGAUCUUUGCCGGCAAGCAGCUCGAGGACGGGCGCACCUUGUCCGACUAUAACAUCCAGAAAGAGUCCACGCUCCAUCUCGUUCUCCGGCUCCGUGGCGGCAUGCAGAUUUUCGUGAAGACUCUGACUGGCAAGACCAUUACCCUUGAGGUCGAGUCGUCCGACACGAUCGACAAUGUCAAGAGCAAGAUCCAGGACAAGGAAGGUAUUCCUCCGGACCAGCAACGCCUGAUCUUCGCUGGCAAGCAGCUCGAGGAUGGUCGCACGCUAUCCGACUACAACAUCCAGAAGGAAUCGACCCUGCAUCUCGUCCUUCGUCUCCGUGGCGGCAUGCAAAUCUUCGUCAAGACCCUCACUGGCAAGACAAUUACACUGGAAGUUGAAUCGUCAGACACGAUCGACAAUGUGAAGUCGAAGAUUCAGGACAAGGAAGGCAUUCCCCCAGAUCAGCAGCGUCUCAUCUUCGCCGGCAAGCAGCUAGAGGAUGGCCGGACGCUCUCGGACUACAACAUCCAAAAGGAGUCGACAUUGCACUUGGUGUUGCGCCUGCGUGGUGGCAUGCAGAUUUUCGUCAAGACGCUGACGGGGAAGACGAUCACGCUGGAGGUGGAGUCAUCGGAUACCAUCGACAACGUGAAGUCGAAGAUCCAGGACAAGGAAGGCAUUCCGCCGGACCAGCAGCGUCUCAUUUUCGCGGGGAAGCAGUUGGAGGAUGGCAGGACUCUUUCCGACUAUAACAUCCAAAAGGAGUCCACGCUGCACUUGGUGCUGCGUCUUCGUGGUGGUCAGUAG